AUGAAGUUUCUUCAUCGAAAAUGAAGUGAGAAAAAAAUUUCAAUAAAAAAAAUGAUAAACGCGUCUAAAAUCAUAGAUGAUACAGUAUGUUGAUGAUAAUGCAGUUGUUUAAUGAGACACUUUGGUGGAAAUAUACGUCUGAUAAAUCAUACUGUGCUGCUUGGAGUUCGAACCCCGUAUGACGGUUAUCAAUGCUUAUCGGUGUAAAGAUAAUGCCAUUUAUUGACACUAAAAAACUUUGAGACGUUUCUCUGCCAAUUACGCAAUUAACCAAAGGAAAGCAACAUGGAAACGCAAAAGAAAAGGGAAGUACCAUCAUUGCUGAGAAAGAUCUUAGCAAUUGACGCUUAUCUAUCCGAUGCUUUCGUUAAGCGGGUGGAGCACCUUUUACCUCUGAAACAACUAAAAGUGCAUUACACAACCCUGGAGAUAUCAUGUCAUGGCUUAUUAUGGCUCCCAACUACUCUCAUGUUCAUCUGGCUUUUGGCCAACAAAAAUUACUAUCAAUUACAAGUAAACCUACUGAUAGGAUUGGUACUCGACAUCAUUGUGGUCGCAGUGGUGAAGGCGAUAGCGAGAAGAAGACGGCCCUGCAUUAACGACGACCCUUUCUCCCUGGGUCCCGAUAAAUAUUCAUUUCCUUCCGGGCAUGCGUCGCGUGCGACAUUUAUCGUGUAUACUUUCAUUUAUUUGUGGCCCAUAUCUAUGAUAUGUGUACCACCUCUGUUAGCAUGGUCCUUUUCGAUAUACAUGUCCAGAAUUCUGAUGAGGAGACAUCAUAUACUCGACGUCCUGGCGGGUAUAGGUAUCGGUAUCCUUGAAGGCUUGUUAAUAGGAUACAUGUAUUUAGAGCAAGAGACUUGCGUCAACUUGAUCUCGUGGGUCACUGACGAAAGAAUGUCCGGGCCAGAGUACGAUGUUUGAGUAGACCUAUCUCUUGUAGCAUUUAUGUUUUUUCUGUUUAUUAUUAUUGUUAAUAUUUUACCAUUAUAUUUGCGUGUAUCAUGUUAUGUGAUACAUAUACAUAUGUGUGUAUGCUCAAUUUCUAUUUAAAGGCCUGAUGAAGUUGAGAAAACGGUGAUAAUGUAAUAGAAAACGAUCGUAAGGGGUGUUAUUUUGUGAAUUCGCUGAAUAUUAUAAAAUAAACGAACAGUUUUUGGA